GCCGCGCAUGCUCAGUGCGUCCCUCUCCACACACACACACACCCCCUCUCCCCGAGCGUGGCGUCGUGGCGCUGGGGGACGGCGUCGCGGCGAGGCCCGGAUGUGUCGGUUUGGGGCAGUAUGAGGAGGCCACAAGGGGACAGCAACAACCAGCGGUGUAAUCUCAGGGGGCUGGCUGCAGAAAGUGGGAUAGGAGUCCUCAGGGAGGGGCUUUAGCCUCACCUAUUGCACCUGUCUGGGCCAGGGCUCCUCUGACUCGCUACCCUGCUGUAGAACAAAGCUGCCUUCAGCAAUAGGGGUAACUCACUGAAGCCAAGAGGACAAAAAAGAUGCAGAACCACUGACUGUGUAGCAAAUGCCCAGGAAAGACUUGGGAGUUCAUUUUUGCGCUGUAGGGUGAAGACAGCAUAACUGUUUUCUUUCACUGAAUUGUGAAACCCUGUUUAAUCUUCAAACUGGCGAUGUCAAGGGUGCCGAGUCCUCCUCCUCCGGCAGAAAUGUCGAGUGGACCUGUAGCAGAAAGCUGGUGCUACACUCAGAUUAAGGUGGUAAAGUUUUCGUACAUGUGGACCAUAAACAAUUUCAGCUUCUGCCGGGAGGAAAUGGGUGAGGUCAUCAAAAGUUCAACCUUUUCAUCAGGAGCCAAUGAUAAACUGAAAUGGUGUUUGCGUGUGAACCCUAAGGGCUUGGAUGAAGAAAGUAAAGAUUACCUGUCCCUUUACCUAUUAUUGGUUAGCUGUCCAAAGAGUGAAGUUCGUGCAAAGUUCAAAUUCUCCAUCCUCAAUGCUAAAGGAGAAGAAACAAAAGCAAUGGAGAGCCAGCGAGCAUAUCGAUUUGUGCAGGGCAAGGACUGGGGAUUCAAGAAGUUUAUUAGAAGAGACUUUCUCUUGGAUGAGGCCAAUGGACUUCUUCCAGAUGACAAACUCACUCUCUUCUGUGAGGUGAGUGUGGUACAGGACUCAGUCAAUAUCUCUGGUCAGAAUACCAUGAACAUGGUGAAGGUACCUGAGUGCCGUUUGGCGGAUGAGUUAGGAGGACUCUGGGAGAAUUCUCGCUUCACAGACUGCUGUCUGUGUGUUGCAGGCCAGGAGUUCCAGGCUCACAAAGCCAUACUGGCAGCACGGUCCCCGGUUUUCAGUGCCAUGUUUGAACAUGAGAUGGAAGAAAGUAAAAAGAAUCGGGUUGAAAUCAAUGAUGUGGAACCUGAAGUUUUUAAGGAAAUGAUGUGCUUUAUUUACACGGGGAAGGCGCCAAACCUCGAUAAAAUGGCUGACGAUUUGUUGGCAGCUGCUGACAAGUAUGCUCUGGAACGCUUGAAGGUGAUGUGCGAGGAUGCACUGUGCAGUAACCUGUCAGUGGAAAAUGCAGCUGAGAUUCUCAUCCUGGCUGAUCUACACAGUGCUGAUCAGCUAAAAACUCAAGCUGUGGACUUCAUUAACUAUCAUGCUUCUGAUGUCAUGGAGACCUCAGGAUGGAAGUCCAUGGUGGUAUCGCAUCCCCAUUUGGUGGCUGAGGCAUAUCGCUCUUUGGCCUCUGCACAGUGUCCCUUCCUGGGACCACCACGUAAGCGACUGAAGCAAUCCUAAGGCCGUGCCUGUUACAUGACUCCAUGUUUUUCCGGAAGCAGCAGCAGCCAUUGCUGCUCUGACCUUGACCACCAAGUAGACAGCGCAAUCUGAGGAGCUUUUACUCUGUUGUGGGGGGAAAGACUGCUUCGUGACACCCAGACUUUUUAAAACAGCACCAAGUAACUUGGGGAGAGGGGGGAGGGUGGGCCUGGGGCUCAGGGGCUGUUCAACCUAAUGAAUCCCUGUCACUGCAUCGUCUGUGUGUUCCCUUCAACUUGGCUAAGUCAAUAACUACGGGGUUCUGUUUAAGCACCGGCCCACUCAGACUAUCCCAGUAGUGGUACUGGCGGGAAAUAAUGUCUCUGUGUCUGACAGCACAGAACAAAUCGUCAGACACCUGGAGCAAAGAAGACGUUUUAGUUUUGGAGAGAGUAGGAAAAGAAGAGAAUUUCCAAUGAGGUUCCGAAAAGGAAGUACAUGGUGGGAGCUCCAGUAGUAUUUAUAUAAAAAAAUUUAAGUCCUUCCAGCUGUGCUAAAAAACAGGACAUUUGUGUAACUCCUUAAUGCCAUUCAGCAACAAGAAGAUCAGUUUCUCUGUUAGUAGCACUUGUAUGUUGAUUGCAAAAAAAAAACAAACUUUUUACUAAAUGACAAGUUGAAGUGAAAAGAGACAGCAAAAGGCUGUGUGCUGAGGAGGAUGUGAAUAGACUAAAGGCAGCCUUUGCAAAUCUACAUUGGCUUUCCAGGACCGGCAAAUCCUUGAUCUGAAGUGUGCUGUUUGACAAGGACAGUGGUUACCUGUUUUUAGAUAUUGUGGGAAAUGUUUUUGGCAUUUUUCCCUGCUUUAUUUUUUCCCCCUUUUUUAAAAAAAAGAGGAGAAGUUUUAUUGUUGAUGAAUGCUGCGUCAAAGGUUCCUAUCCUGAGUUGCUAAAUGGUUCUUAUCAAUUGUUUGUACCUGACUUGCUGACUGUCUAGGAGCCAGUCCUGUUCCUUUCUAUUAGUCACUCUUCUUACAGGGAAGAAGUUCCAAAAUAGCUGGUAAUUUUUUUUUUCUUUUUGAAAAUAUAAAUAAUUACUAUUUUGUAC